UUUAGAGGUAUAUAAAACGGUGCGAUUAGCCAGUGUUUUGAAGCCGUAGAGGAACGGGGUGGAUGUAAUGUUUCGGUUAUGUAAAAACUAUACGGAUAAAAAUAACAGCAACAGCAGCUAUAACAAAAAAGUAGAACUUGAGUAAAGUGACACAGAUGACAGAACCAGCGUCCAGGGAAGCAUCUGCUGUGGAGAUGACACCCGUAGCAAGUCCCGGGGAGCACUUGCACGAGAACGGUCACGUGAAAGCAACGCCGGUUGCUAACGGCAAAGAUAAGUCGGGACAAAACUUGCACGAGAACGGUCACGUAAUAGCAACGCCAGUUGCUAACAAUAAAGAAAAGUCGGGAAACCCCAUCGGCAUCGUUAUUUCUCCGUCGGAGAAUGGAAUUACAGAAAAGAAGUCUGCACCAAGCCCGUCCAUGGUUUCUACCGAGGACGGAAGGGAGAAUGCAAAGGAGAAAAAGGAGGGUGAACCCAUGGUCGGAUUGUUCGAGUUGUUUCGGUACGCAAAGAAGCUGGACGUCUUCUUCAUGGUCGUCGGCAUCAUCGCAGCCCUCGGUAAUGGUUCCGCCUUCCCUCUUAUGAUCAUCGUGUUCGGGAAGAUGAUUGACGUGUUUGUCAACUCAGGCCUGUUUUCCGGAGUGGUCAAAGAACUGGACGCACUUGGGGUGCUCGCCAACCUCUCGUUGACACAGGCGCAAGUCAUAGAGAACCCGGAUCUGAUGGAUGGCAAAUUCGACAUAAUAAAGGCAUAUGAUGUCAACAACACAAUCAGUCUUGACGUGAUUCAAUCCUCGAUAGAUAACGACUUGUUAGAGGUUAUGCAAACAUACGCUUUGUAUUUCAUUGGUAUAGGAUGUGGUGUGGUUGUUUUCGGGUACCUACAAGUGAUGUUUUGGAUGGUUGCCUCGGAGAGACAGACCCACAGAAUCCGAACCAUGUUCUACUCCAACAUCCUGCGUCAGAACAUUGGCUGGUUUGACGUGAAUGAGUCCACGGAAUUGAAUUCUAGACUCACCAGCGACAUCUCAAAGAUUCAUGAUGGAAUAGGAGACAAGGUUGGAGCAUUCUUUCAAUGGAUGUCGGCCUUUGUGAUAGGAUUCAUAGUUGGCUUUAUAUAUGGCUGGAAGCUCACACUGGUCAUCUUGGCCAUCAGCCCUCUCUUGGCUGGGUCAGCGUUUGUGAUGACAAAGCUGGUGGGUAUGACUUCUAACCUGGAGCUGAAGGCAUACGCCAAGGCUGGGGCUGUGGCAGAAGAGGUGCUGGGGGCCAUAAGGACCGUGGUGGCAUUUGGGGGACAGAAGAAGGAAUGCGAAAGGUACAAUGUACAUCUGGUUGAGGCCAGGGACCUAGGAGUGCGUAAGGGGUUCAUAGGGGGCCUGUUGCUGGGCAUCGUGUGGCUCAUCGUGUUCUGUGCUUACGCUCUGGGCUUCUGGUACGGAGCGAAGGUCUCUAGAGAAGAACCGGGAACUUACACGAUAGGAGCCGUGACGACUGUGUUCUUUUCUGUCAUGAUCGGUGCUUUCUCCCUGGGGAAUGCCAUGCCACACUUGCAAACCUUGGCCACGGCAAGAGGGGCAGCCUACUACCUGUACCAGUUGAUCACAAUGGAUCCCCCAAUCGACAGCUAUUCCACAGAAGGGAAGAAGCUGGACAACUUCCAAGGAAAUGUUCAGAUCCGCGGCGUUCAUUUCCGGUACCCUUCCAGGCCAGAAGCUAAGAUCCUCUAUGGAGUGAACCUUCAGAUCAAGCGAGGUCAGACGGUGGCCUUGGUGGGCUCCAGUGGCUGCGGGAAGUCGACCAUUGUUCAGCUGCUGCAGCGCUUCUAUGAUCCAGAGGAGGGGCAGAUUCUCAUUGACGGAGUGAAUCUCAAGGACAUCAAUCUGAAGUGGUGGCGGGAAAAUAUUGGCAUCGUGAGCCAGGAACCAGUGCUGUUUGGAACAACGAUAGAGGAAAACAUCCGCUAUGGGCACCUGGACGUUACCAAAGAAGAUAUAGAACAGGCGGCCAAGAUGGCCAAUGCACAUGACUUCAUCAUGGAUUUGCCACAGAAAUAUGAGACGCUGGUUGGUGAGCGGGGUGCCCAGCUGAGCGGUGGACAGAAGCAGCGUAUUGCCAUCGCCCGAGCCCUUGUGCGCAAUCCCAAGAUCCUCCUGCUGGACGAGGCCACGUCAGCACUAGACACAGAGAGCGAGGGGAUUGUACAGGAUGCUCUUGAAAAGGCUAGUCAUGGGAGGACCACCAUUGUUAUAGCUCACCGCCUUUCCACCAUCAAGACAGCUGACAUGAUCGCUGGCUUCAAAGAUGGCGUCGUGGCGGAACAGGGCACCCACACUGAACUGAUGAGCAAACAUGGCAUCUACCAACAACUAGUCACUCUUCAGAGUAUGAAAAGUGCUGAUGAUGAUGACAUUGAAAAUUUCAACAGAGAUGACACAAAACGACCGUCGUUAAACCAUCAGAAGAGCACAAUAGACAUGACUCCGAAAAAGCAUUCCCACGAUAAAAAGGAGGAAAACAAAGAACAGAAAAAGAGAGUUAAAGAAGAAGAGGUUGACGCCUCUCUUAGACGUAUUCUUAAACUGAACAAAUCAGAGGCACCAUUCAUUGUCAUGGGAUGCUUUGCCAGCUUGGUUAAUGGCGGAGCUAUGCCCGCCUUUGCUGUGAUCUUUUCAGAGAUUCUCGGGGUGUUCGCAAUCCUAGAUGAGGGAGAACAGGAGAAGAAAAUUAUUCAGUACGUUCUGAUGUUUGUUGGCGUUGGAGUGAUCAGUCUUAUAGCCUAUUUUGUACAGGGAUACAUGUUUGGUCGUUCCGGAGAGUAUUUGACAUUGAGGCUUCGAUCAAUGAGCUUUAAAGCCAUGCUAAGACAGGAAAUCGCCUUCUUUGAUGACCAUAACAACAACGUGGGAGCCUUGACAACCAGGCUGGCAACAGACGCUUCUCAAGUACAAGGGGCUGCAGGCAUCAAACUUGGGUCAGCCCUCAUGGCCUUUUGCAGUGUGGUGACUGGGAUCGUGAUCGGAUUUGUGUACAGCUGGAAAAUUACGCUGCUUACUAUUGCCUUCCUGCCGUUUGUCGUGAUUGGAGGAGCGCUGGAAAUGAAGAUGACGCAGGGGGCUGCGGGCAAAAACAAAGAGGCUCUUGAGUCAGCUGGAAAGAUCGCUAUAGAAUCCAUUGAGAACAUCCGCACAGUUGCUUCUCUCACAAGAGAAGACAUGUUCCAGAAAAAAUUCAGCCACGAGCUUCAAAUACCAUACAACCUUGCGCUGAAGAAAGCACAUGUGAUUGGAAUCACGUUUUCCCUGUCACAGGCUGUAAUGUUCUUUGCGCACGCUGCUACCUUCUGGUUGGGCGCAUACUUGAUCAAGCAGUCCGAAGUGGAUUAUGUGGAUGUCUUCAAGGCAUUCUCUGCGAUAGUAUUUGGAGGAAUGGCUGUGGGCAAUGCGAGUGCGUUUGCCCCUGAUGCUGCCAAAGCGGAACAAUCCGCCAAGGAAAUCUUCAAACUGAUUGACAAAAAACCAGACAUCGACAACGAAUCUGAAAAUGGCAAAAAACUAGAUACCUUCACAGCCGAUAUCAGCUUCUCGAAUAUCACAUUCCGCUACCCCACCCGCCCCGACACCACUAUACUGAAGGGGCUCGACCUUAAGGUUCCACAAGGUCAGACCGUGGCUCUUGUUGGCAGCUCUGGUUGCGGGAAAUCUACCACUGUACAGCUCACAGAGAGGUUUUAUGACCCUGCAGACGGAAUUGUGAGCCUGGAUGGACACAAUUUAAAGGACCUCAACCUCCAGUGGCUGCGCUCUCAGAUCGGCAUCGUAUCCCAGGAGCCUGUGCUGUUCGACAGAACCAUCGCAGAAAACAUCGCCUAUGGCGACAACUCAAGGGAGGUAAACAUGGACGAGAUCAUAGCUGCAGCGCGCAAGGCUAACAUACACAACUUCAUUGCGUCAUUGCCUGAUGGUUACAAUACCAGCACAGGAGAAAAGGGGGCCCAGCUAAGUGGAGGUCAGAAACAACGGGUUGCAAUUGCACGCGCUCUGGUGCGGAAUCCAAAAGUUUUACUUCUCGAUGAGGCAACUUCUGCCUUGGAUACAGAGAGUGAAAAGAUUGUUCAAGAAGCGCUGGACAACGCCCGCGAAGGCCGCACCUGCAUCACAAUCGCUCAUCGGUUAUCGACCAUACAGAAUGCGGACAAGAUCUGCGUGAUACGGCACGGUGUUGUCACAGAACAAGGUCGCCAUGGUGAACUGAUGCAGAAGCAGGGCUUCUAUAACAAGCUUAACAUGGCACAGGCUCGCAAGAAAUGAGCUAUUAAGAAAACUAAGUGUAUAACUGUCAUGUCAUACGAAUUGCCUUGCAUGUUAAAUUGCAGUUGAAAUUAUUUAUAUUUGUUUUACGUUGGAGAGUGUAUUAGGUGUGUAGUACAUCAAUGAAUGAAAAGAUGGCAACCACUUUCUCAAAUUGCGUCAUUUUGUUUUGUUUCAUGGUCAACAAUUGGCCUAAAAUGAAAUUGUCUUUUUAGAAAUAGAGUCUAAGUUGGAGAGUGAAUCAUCCCUCCCCCCCCCCACCACACACACAACAAAAAUGGAGAUGACAACCAAUUGUGUUUUAUAUUUACAAUUGGCCUAUCAUGUUAUAUAAAUUUAAUAUCUUUAUUCUUUGUUGAAGACUCAAUUUCGGGUGUAGUGAAAGUGAAAGUUGUGUCAAAAAGUUGGCAUAUAGGUGCAAAUACCGUAAUUUCUCUGUUUUGGACACUUAAAAAUAAUUAGUUUUGUUCGUGUACAAAAAAAUAGAUAAGGAAAAUAUUCAAACAUUACAGGUGUCCGAAAAUUUAGAGACACAAAUUAAAUGUCAGAAAAGAUUAAUUAUAUUGAAAUAAAAGCAAUAAUUCAAUGUACAAUAGUGUUUCUACUUUGAAAUAAAUACGACUUCAUAGCUUUCUAUCUCUUGUCUAAAAUGAUACUGAACACAAAAGUAAAAUCAUGAAACAUACAGAUUCCUUAAUAGAAAGAUAUCAUUUAAAAUGCUGUUGGGUCAAGCGAUUGUUUUCUACCGGUAUACAUGGUUAUUUACCCAAUUACGCAAUGUUUAUGGUCUAUUGCUCUCAGGCAUGCAUCUCCCAGGUUUUAUGACCUUAAUCCGUUCGUAAAAAUCCAUGAUCGAAGUGUAACAAGAUAUGCGAAUACAGUGCCUUAAUCUGGUAAAAUAGCGUUUUAAAUUAUACUGUCCCAAAAUUUAGCGACAUAAAUGAUAAACAAAAACGCGCAUGUCAGAAAAUUAAGAGUCAAGAAAAAUAAUUAUUUUGGCCAAAAAAGGGGGUGUCUGAAAACUAAGUGUCCGAAAACUUAGAGUUAUAACGGUACUAUGUUUUCUGUCCUUUUUUAACUUUUAUUUAUACAAAUAAUGUAACCACGGAUGACCUUUUUCCAGUUACAAGAAAAGUAUCUACGGUUUUCGGUAUGUUUAUAAGAAAACACUAGAAAAUCCUGUUACAUAUUGAUUAUUUUGCUGUUUUCAAGUCUAGUAAAUUUAAUUUACAUCACUUCAGUGUUGGGAGUGAAGGUUCUACUUUUAUUUUACGUACAUUUGUUUUUAUGCCCCAAAAGGGAGGCUUAUAGUAAUCACAUCAUCCGUCCUUCUGUCCUUCAUUCUCCUGAUUCUUUUGCAAAGCACAAUUUUGGUAAGUAUUGAAGGGAUUCGAACAAAACUUCAUAUAAGUAUAGAAGGCAUUAAGAAGAAGUAAAGAUUACAAGAACAGUAAUUAUUUCUUCAGUACUUACAGAGUUAUUGCCUUUAAGUCAAUUUUCUUGUUGCCAGCAUGAAUCUCUUAGAAUUGAAGAUAUUUUAAUAAAACAUGGUACAUUGAUAGAGAAUAUUUAGAGGAAGUGCAGAGUACAAAAAAAACAACUCUCUCAUCAGUAUUUUCGGAGUUAUUGCCCUUUACUAAAUGUAUGUAAAGUCAUUCCUUUUCUUCUUGCGCAAAGAAUUACUCAGGAAGUAUUGAAGUGAUUCAAAUGAAACUUCAUAAUUUAUAAUGAUAUAGUUCAUUUAUUUAAGUGCAGAGUUCAAGAACCAUAACUCAGGUUGUACAGAUUUAUUGCCAUCUAGUCCAUUUUCUUGUGCAGAGUGUAACUCCCUGUGCAUUGGAGGUAUUUAAAUAAAAAUGUGUACAUUGAUAGAAGACUAUGGGACGAAAUGGAGAUUACAAGUUCCAAAACUCUUCUAUCAGUCUUUUUGGAGUUAUCCGUUUUUGCUUUUUUUUGUAUUGUCCAUUUCUUAUGUGCAGUAUAACUCUGAAAGUAUUGAAGGUAUUCAAAUGAACCAUAUAUAAUAUGUUUUGUUGAGAAAAUGCAAAAGUUAAGGACUUUCUGCAGUAUAUACAGAGUUAUUGCCAUACGUUUCAUUUUUUCAGGUCCCAAGCAACAUUUAAAUAUUGAAAGGAAUAAAAUAAAACUCCAUACAUUGCAGGUUAAAGUACCAUUACCUUUCUUUCAAUUUUUGAAGACAUAUUGCCCUUAGUUAAUUUUCUUGUGCACUUGGAGUUGUUUCCCUUGAUACAUUUUUGUGCAGAGCACAAUUACAGUGUCAUUUUUUGUGCAAAUCAAAACUCAAAGAGGCUCUAAGGUAUUCAAACAAAACUUCAUACAAGGACUGACAUGAAGUGCGCGCAAAUGAACAGGAACUCUGUCUUUAAUACUUGUUUUUUUAUGGUGUUUGUCAUUGCUCUUUGUUUUUUCAUAUGCAAACCAUGACUUCUAGUUUGAAAUUGAUUGUAAAGAAAUGUUAUACUUGAUAGAGAUUAAGUUUUCUGUUUUAAACAGAUAAAUAAAUCUUGCAGUUGUUUGCCUACUUUGGUGGUCAAGUUAAUAAUACUUUAUUAUAGGGCAUCCAACACUUACAUAGGCAGCACGUGUUACUUUUAUGUUCAGACAUUUUCUUACACCUAGGGUGUCAUAUUAAAAUCUCAUAAGAACUAUUGUAUUAUUAAUCUUGAUUGUAUUACGUGCAACUGUUUGUAUUAUUAAAUUAUAAAGGUAGCAAAAUUAAAUUUAGAAAAGAUAAACACAACUAGUCACUGCUCGGUUACUUCCUUUCAAUAGUUUAGAAACUCUAUUGUGUACCUUUUUUUAAAUAUAUACUAUCUUUUUCUUGACCAUGUAUUAUCUUUAAUAUCAUCUAACUAUAGGCAGAUGAAUAUAACAACUAGUACUUGCAUAAAAUAUCAUUAAAAGAUUGAUAAAAUAUCAUUAAAAGAUUGUACUACCUUCUUCUGUGUGGAUUGAUUGUACACUUUCGACUCCUCAUAACUUUUAAAGAAUUCACUGUUGUUGUUUUUGUACAUGUUAUAAUUAAAUUAUUGAUUUUAA